UUUUACUUACAAUUAUAGCCGUCAUUUAAAAAUUGUCGACCGAGGCGUUCCUAGUUCGCCUCCUUUAAAUUGUUAUAAAAAUAGAGGUAUACCUAUGCAUACAUUUUUGGAGCUCAUGAUUAAUGCAUGUACGUAUGAUUUGGUUGUUUAAACAUAGUAAAAUUUUAAAGCACUAAAAUUAAAGAUUGAAAUAUUUACAUGGGAGCUAAAACAUCAUUCCAACAAUGGUUUCAAAGUCCAGGACCUAAAAAUUCAGUGUUUUGCAUGAAACAUAAUACCAGCAUACAUAUUUAAUAAUUGAUUUCACUGUGCAUCAUGAAUCUGUAUAGCAAUCUGGUGUAAUAUAGAUUCAUGCUGUACAUAGAUAACAAACUGUGUCAACUGACACCGUGAUGUCAAUGCUUACUUAUAAUGGAUGUUGAUAAUUCCCAGAAGUACACAAUGGAUCCGUUUUAACAAAUAUGUAUUUCAAACCCAUCCACAAACGUCUACAGUAUUUAAAACUGUCAAAAAACUUCUGGGUUUAAUUUUAAUGCACCAGGAAAUACAAUUGUUGGUUUCAAUUGUCCAAAUUUAGAAAAAUUAAUUAAAAUUCUGUAUACUUAAUUACGAAGUUGUCUUUAGUCUUUCUUUAGACUACAUAUUCUAAAACUUGAAUUUUAAAGCUUGAAAACCGGAAUUCGUCUCCUCUCAUGAUGAAAGGAAUAUUAGUAAUAGCUUUCUUUGUUGUAAUCGCUAUUGCCAGUGUAAAUUCCAGGAUUUCCGACGAUGUGGGUGGCACCAUGAAUCUUAUGUUCGAUGGAGAAUUAUCGCCUUCAAAAUAUAUGGCAGUAGAAGUCGACCCGUACGACUAUCUCAAUGAUCUGACCCGAGUUAAGAAGAGUUUGGAAAGAAGAAGACUGAGGCCAGGAGGAGUUGUACGACGUAAACGACAACCAUGGACCAACAGCCUCUAAAUAAACAACAAAUUGACAGCAUCACGUACCAUAAUUUAUAGGAACAUUUAUUAGCAAUAUGUUACGAUUUAUUUAUCAUGUAAUACGCCACGAAAUAAAUAGUUUCUUGUUCAUGAAAUUGAUUCAAGAAUCUGUUCAGAAAUGAGAUUCGCGUAAUGAGACUUUCUAAUUCCCUGACAACCCCAAAAUGGCAACAUGCUAAAAUGUACCGAUUUUUGUAACGUCUUUAUAAAAUUAAAAUUAUUUGCCAGUUCCAAUUUUGGUUAAUUUUCCCGUUAUCCUCCCAAACGGUCCAGUCACCAAGUAUAGAUUCACAAUGGCUUCACUCAAGUGUCCAGUUCGGUUCGGAGAUGAAGACUGCGUUGAGACAGGCUGGGUAUCGACGUAAGUCUCACUUCCUGCAUUAUCACUCAACAAGAUUUGCAUAUGUAUAUAAAGUCAGUACUAAUGGAAGUACUUCAUAUAGUCGUCCAAAUGUGAUCCACGGCCCAAAGCGGUACUCUGCUGAGGAAUGGAGCUUGGCUGAAACAAUGACUCACAACGCUGCAGAGUCAGAACAACAAUCCGCCGAAUGGGUGCUGGCCGAGGCGGCUCGUCUCGCGGAAGAAACUCGCGAAAUCACUGAUCGUGCACAAGAGGACAUUGACUGGAAGUUUAGGCAACGCUUCCGGGAAAUGGAGCAUUGGCGAGACGAGAUGAAACUGAAUUUCGGAGAUCUUAACAGCGAAAUUGAUGCCAUGAGCAUUUAUCGGAGACGUUUGGAAAAUGCACUUUCCACUCUUUGUCAAAUCAUACAGACCAAUGAUGAAAUUUUGAAAUUAAGAGACUGCCGGAUUGGAGUGGACCUCGUUAAUGACGAACCUCAGAAACAAAUCCUCCAAGAGAUGAAAAUGGUUGAAGGAAUUCAGUCCGUUCUCAAGAGAAACAUGGAAGUGUGCACGGAACAGUUGCGACUGAUUCGAAAAUGCGCCGUAGUUCUUGGACGACAACUCCGAGACAAGGACACUGCCAUUGACGUGGAUCGGAUCGCAUAUAAUUUUGAUGAACAUCGAGCCAGUGUUCAGCGACAAUGCGAAAAACUUUGCAUUGACGACGUCAGUGGCAAUGUAACCGAACAGGAUUGGAUCGAUGCUACAGAGAAAAGUAAACUUGAUGCUGAGAAAGCAGUCAACGCUUCCAUCCAAUUUCGUACCACGAUUGAUAGCAUCCUGCGACAAAUUUGUGAAGAUUUACGUAGAGAAAUUUGCCUCACCAAUUUCACUUUCGAACGCCGCCUUCGUGAAGUUAUUCAAGCCAAGGAACGAAUGGAAUUUCAGCAUUCAGCCAUUACUGUAAAAGUACGAGAAAUCGAGGGGACAAUUUGUAAGCUGAGCAAAGCAUUUGAGGAGCGACAAAGUGCUGUGGCGUUGGCUGAAACUCGAGCAUGUAUUCGUGGGCAGAGGCCGAACAUGGAGAAAAUUAGAGAUCCCCUUCAACGCCGUCUGUACUUGGCGAUUGAGGACGAGAACGAACAAAUGACGCGGAUCAAUCGUAAAAUCAUGGAAGCCAAUGUCACCAUACGGAACUUACAACGAAAUCAACUGGAUUUGGAGGAGAUGAUCAAUAUCAAACUGAAAACUAUUGCUAUUGAUGAAGUUCAAGUGAUCCCACUUCGUAAAAGUAUUAACAUUCAAGAGUAUUAACGUAUCUUCAUUACCAUUCUUACAAUUUUUCAUCCUCAUUAACCAAUUUGCACUUGUAAACUGUAUAAUGAAAUGGUCUAUAUACACACAUCUCUAAUAUGUAACAAGGCGAAUUUUAAGUUAUACAUAAACUGACGUAUGACCAGCCAA